GAAUUUAAUUUUUUUUUUUUGAAUAGAGUUAAUAUUAAUAUAUUUAUUUAUUUAGACUGAAUAACUUUUUUAUUUAUUUUUACUGUCUUAUUAAUUUCUUCAAUAAUUAUAUUUUAUAGAUCAGAAUAUAUAAGGCAUGAUUUAAAUAAUAUUCGAUUUUUUUAUUUAGUUUUUUUGUUUAUUUUAUCAAUAGUUUUAAUAAUUUUAAGUCCUAAUAUAAUUAGAAUUUUAUUAGGAUGAGAUGGUUUAGGUUUAACUUCUUACUGUUUAGUAAUUUAUUAUCAAAGAAAUUCUAGUUAUAAUUCUGGAAUAUUAACUGUUUUAAUAAAUCGUGUUGGUGAUAUUAUAAUUAUUAUAAGAAUUAGUUUAAUAUUUAUUUAUGGAAGUUGAAAUUUUGUAAAUUAUAAUAGAAUAUAUUUAAUAAUUAUUUUUUUGAUUAUAGUUGGUUCUUUUACUAAAAGAGCUCAAUUUCCUUUUUCAGUGUGAUUACCUGCUGCUAUGGCAGCCCCAACUCCAGUUUCUUCUUUAGUUCAUUCUUCAACAUUAGUAACUGCAGGUGUUUAUUUAUUAAUUCGUUUUAAUUAUAUUUUUUAUUUAAAUGAUUAUUUUCUAUCUUUUAUUAUAGUAAUUGGUUUAAUUACUAUGAUAAUAGCAGGAUUUUCAGCUAAUUUUGACUUUGAUUUAAAAAAAAUUAUUGCUUUUUCAACAUUGUCUCAGUUAGGUUUAAUAAUAAUAAUUUAUUCUUUAAAGAAUUAUAAUUUAACUUUUUUUCAUUUAAUUAUUCAUGCAAUGUUUAAGUCGAUAAUAUUUAUAUGUUCUGGUAUUAUUAUUCAUAAUAUACUAAAUUAUCAAGAUAUUCGUUUUAUAGGAAAAUUAAAAAAUUUUAUACCAAUAACUAGAAUAAUUUUUAUAAUUUCAAAUCUUUCAUUAUGUGGAUUACCUUUUUUUUCAGGUUUUUAUUCUAAAGAUCAGAUUUUAGAGUUUAUAUUUUUAGAAAAUAUUUCUUUUUAUAUUUAUUUUUUAUUAAUUUUAAGAACUAUAUUAACUGUAUCUUAUAGGGUUCGUUUAUCUUAUUAUUUAAUAUGUAAAAGAUUUAAUUUUAUUAAUUAUUUUAAUAUUUCUGAUAAUAAAAAAAUAAAUUAUUCAAUAUUAUUAUUAAUGUUUUUUUCAAUUAAUUUUGGAUUGUUUUUAAAUUUAUUAAUAUUUAAUAAUAUUGAAUAUAUUUAUUUAUUGGAUUUUGAGAAAAUAAUUUUAUUAAUUAUUUGUUAUAUUUCUAUUAUUUUUGGAUUAAUAAUAUUUAAAAUAAAGAUUAAUUUUAAAUUUAAUUAUAAAAUAAAAUUUUUCUUUGGUUCAAUAUAUUACUAUAGAAAUCUUAAUUUUUUUUAUACUAAUAUUUUUUUAUUAUUUGGAAAUUUAAUUUUUAAAGUCUUUGAUAAAGGUUGAAGUGAAAUAUUCUUAAAAAAAUCUUUUUAUUAUUAUGUUUACAAAUUUAAUAAUUUUAAUAUUUUAAAUAAUAAUU